AGCUAAACAGGAAGUGGGUUGUUCAGCUAAUAGGAAGAUUACUACUUCACAAAUCUUCGAACUUUAAACUUUAAUAAUUACGCUUGCAAAGAUGGCUGACGACUGCAGUUCCUGUGGAAAUGUGUUUUUUGAUAGCAGCAUCCAUGUAGACGUAAAGGAUUAUUAUGGAAAGAGGUUACAGAAAAGCUCAGACCUAAAGACCAAUGCCUGUGUGACUCCAGCCCAGCCGAUCCCAUCCUUUGUCCGUGAUGCCCUGAAGAAAGUUCACCCUGAAGUCUCUGCCAAGUACUAUGGCUGUGGUCUGGUUGUGCCAGAGUGCUUGGAGGGCUGCAGGAUACUGGACCUGGGCAGUGGAAGUGGGAGGGACUGCUUCAUGUUGAGUCUGUUAGUGGGGGAGGAGGGUCAUGUUUCUGGGAUUGACAUGACGGAGAGUCAGCUUGAAGUGGCCAGAGCAUAUGUGGACUAUCACAUGAAAGAGUUUGGCUAUAAGAAGCCAAAUGUCAGUUUUGUCCAGGGUUACAUUGAAGCUUUAACUGAGGUGGGUCUGGAACAGAACUCCUUUGAUAUCACCAUUUCCAACUGUGUGGUGAACCUCUCUCCGGACAAGAAGAGGGUUCUGGCUGAAGUUUACAGCGUACUCAAGGAAGGUGGUGAGCUGUACUUCAGUGACAUCUACUGCAGUGGGAGACUAACAAAGGAAAUUAAAAAUCACAAAAUCCUGUGGGGGGAGUGUCUUGGCGGGGCGCUCUGGUGGAAGGAUGUGCUGGAACUGGCCAAUGAAGUGGGUUUCAGUGUUCCACGACUGGUUACAGCCAAUGUUGUGACAGUUGACAACAAAGAACUGGAGGACAUACUGGGCCGGCGUUGUGGAUCCUUUCGAGCUGGCGGUUCAGCUGGGCAGCGAAGGCCUCAGUGCAGCCACAGGGGGAUGCUGCAGCACACAAUCUGCUGACUGCUGCAAAUGAUGAUGGGAACAGCGCAACACACAUCCGACAUCCCUCUGUGUACACAUGAUUGUAGCAGUUCAAAUAACUUCAGUGCAUCAAUACUGUUUACACAGCUCUGAGACAAAUUAAAGUUUCUUUAAUUUCACAAUAUAUGUGUGUGUAUUUGAGGGGGAAAAUACUUUUUUUCUAUAACCUGCUCACAGCAUAUCUUCCAGUUUUUCAAAUAUCGGUAAAUAUUUUCAUGUAGAGCAUUUAUUUGUAGAAAAUGACAAAUGGUCAGAAUAAUGGAAAAGGUGCAGUGUUUUCAGACCUUAAAUAAUGCAAAGAAAAAUGGGUCAUUCAUUUAUAUUUUAAAAUCCUAACAUCAAUAUUUGAUGCAAUAAACCUGAUAAUUAUUUACAA